AUGCGCUACCAAACAAUGACGGACACAAGUCGUGCACCUCUUCAUAAACAGAGACGUUGCUUUAUGGUUGGUAGCCAGGUAAACUUUUCUUACUAUUAA